UGGGGUGCAGCGGUUCAGUCGACGAACGAAAUUCGCCCCAACGAGAGGCAGCUGCCAGCAUUGUACAGAGACCCAAGCUCCUCCGUGGCAGUUGUGAAGUGUUGUAGUGUGGAGAACGAGAACGAGAACAGAAAGAAGGAAGGAAGCAGAGAAUAGGAGGAAAAUACACAGCGAAACGAAUACACAGAAAAUAUACACUCAGCCAGCGACAGCGAUACGUAGAGACAAAAUACUCGAAAAAGAAAUUCGAAAUUUGCUGCUGGUACGGAAAACGCACAUUUGGGGAAAGAAAAGGUGAACAAAAAGCUAACGAUUAACUACUAACCCAGGGAACAGCGCAAGCACUACUAACCAACAAACUUCGAGCAAAAAUGAUGAGCCAAGUGGACUAAUCGACUACUUCCUCUAUACACACAAACACACAUACGAACACCCGUGAUUGAUGAUGACAACGCAGCAGCUUGUACAGGCAGGUACAGAGGAGGCAGCGUCACCAGAGGCAGCAGCAGCACAACAGACAGGGAACAACAACGAAGAAGCAGCAGCCAUGACAGCAGCAGCCACAACAGCAGGCGGUGCUGGUGGGCAAAAGCAGAGCAGCAAGCACAGGUCGAGGUCAUCCGCACGCUACGAUGACGUCGAGAAGCAGCAGCGCAAGAGCCGCGCCAUUGUCUCCAUACCGAAUACCAUAAAGCUGAGCAUGCUGAACAGCGGUUUGCUCUCCUUCGAACGCAUCAAACUGGAGGCACGCGACGAGAACAAUUCGCUCUCCAAGACCAUACCCAAUGGACCCAUCGAUAUAAGACAUUUCCUGAAACUGUGCGAUCUGCGCAGAAAGUUCCCAGUGCUGUACAAACUAGAGUUCCAAACGGCAGCGAAAGUGGAGACAAACACCUGUCGGCAUGCGUUGAAGAAGAACAAUCAGGAGAAGAAUCAGAAUCCCAAGUGCAUUCCAUAUGACUACAAUCGCGUGGUGCUGGAGAAGGUGGGCGGACUGCAGGACUCGGACUAUGUGAAUGCCUCCUAUGUGGACAGUUUGCUCAAGCCAAACGCGUACAUCGUGACCCAGGGACCUGUGCUGGAGACAGUCGUGGCCUACUGGCGCAUGGUGUGGCAGGAGAACAUCAGCGCCAUUGUGAUGCUCACGAAGACCUUUGACUUUGCCAAGGUGAUGUGCCACCAGUACUGGCCAGCCAACAUGGAGGUGCACGAGACAUACGGCGACAUACACAUCAAUAUCGUGAGGGAGGAGCAGCUGGCCAAUUUCCACAUUCGCACCUUUCGGCUGUACAAGAAGAACGAGCAGGGGGAGGUGUGCGAUGAGCGGCUGAUCCUGCAGUUCCACUACACCGAAUGGUACUCCCACUCGUGUCCCUUCUCCAACGCGCUGCUGGAGUUCCGCCGCAGAGUGCGCCUGGUCGUGGGCAACAUCAUCAAGGACGAGGACGACAUGCGUGGACCCAUUCUGGUGCAUUGCAGCGAUGGCGGCGGUCGCUCUGGUGUCUACAUGUCCAUCGAUGCCAAUCUAGAGCUGGCCGAGGAGGAGGAGUGCUUCAAUGUCUUUGGCUACCUGAAGAAGCUGCGGCAGUCGCGCAAGGGUCUCGUGGAGAACGUGGAGCAGUACAAGUUCAUCUACGACACGCUGGAGGAGCACAUCAUCUGCGGCAAGACGUGGUUCCCCGUCUCCGAGCUCUCGGAUCGCCUCAAGGCCAAGGCCCGCCGCAACUCUGGCACCAAGCUGAACGAGUACCAAAUGGAGUACGAUCAGAUCUGCAAGCAGACACCGCGAUUCACCAUCGGCGACUGUGCUGGCGGACAUCGCGCAGACAACAGAGAGAAGAACCGGGAUGUGCUGUGUGUGCCGCCGGAUAAUUUCCGGCCCUACCUCACCUCCUUCCAGGGCAACGCCUUCACGGACUACAUCAACUCGGUGUUUGUCGAUGGAUACACCAAGCCGCGCGAGUACAUUGUCACCGAGUGGCCCAUGAAGCACACGCUGGGCGAGUUCUGGUCGCUGGUCUACGAUCAGGAGUGCUCCGCAGUGGUGGUGCUCUGCCAGCCGCCCUCCCAGUCCCAGUCGUAUCCCUCCUUCUGGCCAAACAAGUCCAAGAUGGAAAAGUACGGCCCAGUGUUCUCCGUGCACUAUGUCAUGUCGAAGAGCUACACAAACAUCAAGCAGUGGGAGUUCAAGAUCAACAAGAAAAUUGUUUCCUUAACCGAAAUGAUGGCCGGGGUGAAGGCGCCCACGAGGACCGUCCAGCUGUUUCAGCUCACCUGCUGGCCAAUGGGCCACAAGGUGCCCAGCUCGACGAAUUCGCUGGUUUAUCUGAUGAACAUGGUGGAGAUAUGGCGGAACAAGGUCGACUAUGGCCCCGUCUGCGUUGUCUCGCCCGAUGGUCGCAGUCGGGCCGGUGUCUACUGUGCCGCGAAUGCGUGCAUCGAGCAGGUCAUCCAGCACGGGGAGGUCGAUGUCUUUCAGGCGGUCAAAACUGUGCGCCGUCACAGGCCGCAGCUGGUGGAGAACAUGACCGAGUACAAGUACUGCUACGAUCUGGUCCUGCACUAUGUCCUGCACUUCCUCAACAAGAAGGACUGAUUGGACGCGAAAGUUGUGCGUGACUUUUGUUAUUUUUGGGCGCUCCGAAGCGACCCAGCUCAGGCUGCUUUAAUGGUUAACAAUGAUGAAACUCAACUUGAACAAGUGGUCCACAUUUGAUGCCUCCCCCAUCUAUGGGUGGGGCACACACACACACCGCCUUAAAGCAAUAAUACUGAGUAUUUUGUUGUCCACCAAAAACCGAUUUUGUUAACUCACUUUUCAAGCGGCGCAUCGAAAUGAAAUUUCACGCCCGCUGAGCCAAAAAGCGAGUGCACAUUUUUACUUGUUUUUCCUUUUGGUUUUUGCAAGAGGUCCGCGUGCCACACGACUGGCAGGACCAUA